AUGCGAGAUCUCAUCAGGGAAGCGCCCAUAGGCCAGCUACUUCGCCUGAUUACGCGAAACGGAAUUCUUAAAUACCCGGAAGAGGAAGAGGGUUUUAAGCUACCCAAUGAAUAUAUCGCCCACCUUAAUCCAAGCGAGAAACAUGAUCAGCAUCGGAAUUUGGACGCAGUACUGUCUGAAUCUGGCGAAGGGGCAAAUUCCGAAAGCUCUGAAUCAAUUGGUCAAGAGGGUGAUGAUGUAGAGCAUCUCGGACGAACAAGAACAACCACCAGUGUCCAUACCGCCCCAUACAGCAACGAGCGACUAGAGGCUGAAAGAGAACUAGCACUGCAACGUACCAAAUCUAUUGUGAUCAGUCCUCAAAAGACUGCAGAUGGCGUUGUUCUUGUCGAUUGGUAUACCACAGAUGACCCAGCCAAUCCUCAGAAUUGGUCUCGACUCAAACGCUACUUCGUCCUGUUUGUUCUCUGCUUUUACACAUGGACAGUGUACUGCGCUGGGCCCAUCUACGCCACCGCUGAGGAGGGAAUCCAGCGUGCGUUUCAUGUCAGUCCUGUCGCUUCUACCCUCGGUCUUGGGCUCUACGUCCUCGCAUAUGGCAUUGGCGACCUCCUUUUCGCGCCUUUAUCCGAAAUCCCGAGCAUCGGAAGGAAUCAUAUUUACUAUUUGACAUAUAUUGUCUACUGGGUUCUAUCCUUUCCGGAAGCGGUCGUCGAUAGCUUUGGUGGACUUUUGGCCCUGCGGUUUUGGCUUGGAUUUUUUGGCAGCCCAGCCUUGGCUAAUGGCGGUGCUACAGUUGGAGACAUGUUCUCUCUUAUGUAUAUCCCCUUUGGUCUUUCGUGGUGGGUAUUCUCUGCGUGGGCAGGACCUGCAAUUGGACCUGUGAUUGGUGGUUUCGCAGCGCAAGCCAAAGGCUGGAGAUGGCCCAUGUGGGAAAUUGUGUGGAUGUCUUCUCUUGCGCUGGCUUCCCUACUACUUUUUAUGCCUGAGACCUCGGCACCAACUAUUCUGUUGAGACGUGCACGGCGACUUCGCAAGCUGACCGGCGAUUCGAGACUUCAGUCGCAGAGCGAGAUCAAUCAGCGCCAUAUGAGCCCAUCUGCAGUCCUCUUUGAUGCGUUGGUCAAGCCUAUGGAGAUUAUGAUGAAGGAUCCAGCCAUUUUCUUCGUUAACCUUUACACCGGUUACUUCUACGGCGUCUUCUAUACAUUUUUUGAGGUCUUUCCUCUCGUCUUUCCAGUAAUGUAUGGAUUCAACCUUGGACAGACCGGCCUUACAUUCUUGUCUUGUCUUGUCGGCGUCAUCAUCGGGCUUGCUGCCUAUUUUGCGUACCUGCAGUUCUAUAUGGUUCCCGACAAUAUUAAACGUGGCUUCAGAGAACAGGAACACCGUCUUGUUCCGGCCAUUAUUGGAUCCUUUUUGCUGCCAAUCGGGCUAUUCAUUUUUGCAUGGACAGCCAAUCCUAGCAUUCAUUGGGUGGUGCCUCUUAUUGGAGUGGCUAUUUUCUGCUUUGGACACUUUUGGACGAUGCAAUCUCUAUUCAUCUACAUCCCGCUAUCUUACCCUAAAUACGCUGCCUCUCUAUUCGCUAGCAACAGCAUUUGGAGAUCUGGCAUUGCUGGCGGUGCUGUUGUCUUUGCAAGGCCUCUCUUUAUCAACUUGGGCGUUGAUAAGGGCGUGACGGUUCUCGCUGGACUCAGUGUGAUGGGAAUUUUCGGUACAACAGCCAUUUAUAUCUUCGGCAAGAGGCUCCGUGCUAGAUCAAAGUUUGCCCAGAGCUAG